AAGCCCCAGACCUGCAGGCCUCGCUGGGCAUGAGGGCGGGCUCUAAAGGCGCCAUGUUCCGCAGGGAGGAAGGCCAGCCCCUCUCCGCCGACGGGGGGUUCCGGCUCCACCCGACCUCGCUCCUCCUCUUUCGCGGUGGAGGCUGAGGCGCAGGCCGGUGUGCAGCUCGGCCGCGGCGUUAGCAGCUCCAGGGAGGAUAAUGGCUUCUAAUAGCGAACGCACUUUCAUUGCCAUCAAGCCUGAUGGAGUCCAGAGGGGCCUGGUGGGAGAAAUCAUCAAACGGUUUGAACAGAAGGGCUUCCGCCUGGUGGCCAUGAAAUUCAUGCAUGCUUCCGAAAACCUUCUAAAACAACAUUACAUUGACCUGAAAGAUCGGCCAUUCUACCCUGGUUUAGUUAAAUACAUGAAUUCUGGACCUGUUGUGGCCAUGGUUUGGGAAGGUCUCAAUGUGGUUAAAACUGGCAGAGUUAUGCUGGGAGAGACUAAUCCUGCAGACUCUAAACCUGGUACAAUCCGUGGUGACUUCUGCAUUCAAGUGGGAAGGAACAUCAUUCAUGGCAGUGACUCGGUAGAAAGUGCUCAGAAAGAGAUCAAGCUGUGGUUUCAGCCCACAGAGCUUGUUGAUUUCAAAGCUUGUGCUCAUGACUGGAUCUAUGAGUAAAACGAAAUCUCUCUAAUGAAUUGUGCCUUCUGAACACAGCAUCUCAUUCCAGCAGCUAUUGACCUGGGAGCAACUAUUAUGAUUACCUUUUACAUAGUGCUGUAAAGUUGAUCAAAUAAAUAGGUUAUGGAAACU